GCCAUUGGCUGUGGUCUUGGGAUUUAAGCGAUGGGCGGGUUUGUCCGGGAAAGAAGCGGGUGUUGGAGCUUCGGAGCGCGCGGUUGUCAGGAGUGACAGCACACUCUAGGCUCUGGAACACGAUAUCCUCUUUCUCGGCCACCAUGGGAUUAGAAACAAAGCCACUUAUGGUUCCCCACCCCUAUUGGCCUCGAGAUUUGGAGAUCCCACACUACAUCCCAAAUGACCGUCCCAUGUGGCAGAUCUUGGCUUUUCUCUUUUCUGUGUCAGGGGUCCUUUUGAUACUGACAUGGCUAGCAGCAGGAUGGCGGACCAGGACAAUGGCUCCUCUGGGAACAUGGCGCUCCUUGGCUGUCAGCUGGUUUGCUAUCUGUGGCUUCAUUCACGGUGUCAUCGAAGGCUGGUUUAGCCUCUACCACACGGAAAUCCCAGGGGACCAAUCCUUUCUCUCCCAACUCUGGAAGGAGUAUGCCAAAGGAGAUAGCAGAUAUAUCAUAGGGGACAAUUUCACAGUCUGCAUGGAGACAAUCACAGCCUUCGCCUGGGGACCCCUCAGUCUUUGGACUGUUGUGGCAUUUCUUUCAGGCCAACCCCACCGCUUUGUCUUGCAGCUGGUGGUAUCGCUGGGCCAGCUGUAUGGAGAUGUUCUUUAUUUCUACACUGAAUACCGCGAUGGUUUCAGUCAUAGCGAGAUGUGGCACCCGGUCUACUUCUGGUUUUAUUUUGUCUUCAUGAAUUUCCUGUGGAUCAUUAUUCCAUCAGUCCUUAUCUUGGAUGCCUGGAAACAUUUAAGCACCUGCCAAAGGAUUGUGGAUACCACCAAGCUGAAGAAGCGCUAACAAUCGAUGCAGGGGCAUGGCAUAGGCAGAUCUUUCCUAAGUGCCCCACAGGGGAUAGGUUUGCUAGUGCCUUCUCUUGGCUCCCCCCUGCUCCUGCAGGUGCUCUCAAAAAUUCCCUCCCUUGUCUAGCUUUAAAUGGAAAAAAAAA